GCAGAAAAGCAAGAAUAAGGAUCGCUGUUGGCUAGUUUUUUGCAUUGUUCGCAGAUCCCACUGACACGUAGCGAUCCGCGAUUGGUUGAUUUUUUAUUUUUUUAGAUAAAAAAAAAUAAAAAAAAAUUAAAAAACUCAUUUGAUUUUAGCGUUAAUCAUGGUCUAAAUCUUUUACCUUUACAGCCGUAACUGUUGUACCGACAAUCAGAGUCAAAACAUAUAAAAUCCAAGAGAAUCGUUGGGAAAGAAAAAAAACUAUACGCACAGAAACUUAAAACGAAGAAAAGUCGAGAGAGCGAGAACGCAAAAGAUGGCUACGACUCCGAAGCUGACCACUACACUUUCAUCUUCUCCAUCUCUUCAAACCCUCUGCAGAAAACUCCCAAUCUCAACCCAUCUACCAUCAUCUUCAUCAUCAUCAUCUAUCUCUCGUUAUCUCUCGUCUCUCCGUCCCCGUCUCACCUUACUCUCAAACCACCGCUACAAUCCCUCUCGCCGCUUCUCUCUCCGUGCCCAAAACGACAACGGAACAGACUCUGACCUUCGCUACGACUUCGCCCUCUUCACUAUCGGCGCCGGAAGCGGCGGCGUCCGUGCCUCCCGCUUCGCCACGAGCUUCGGAGCAUCUGCCGCCGUCUGCGAGCUCCCUUUCUCCACCAUCUCUUCCGAUACAGCCGGAGGCGUCGGAGGAACGUGUGUACUAAGAGGAUGUGUGCCAAAGAAGUUACUAGUGUAUGCAUCCAAAUACACUCACGAGUUUGAAGACAGUCACGGCUUUGGUUGGAAGUAUGACACCGACCCUUCUCAUGACUGGAGGACAUUGAUUGCCAACAAGAACGCUGAGUUGCAGCUUCUGACUGGUAUCUAUAAGAAUAUACUCAACAAUGCUAAUGUCAAGUUGAUCGAAGGCCGUGGAAAGGUUAUAGACCCACACACUGUUGAUGUAGAUGGGAGAAUCUAUACUACUAGAAACAUUCUGAUUGCAGUUGGUGGACGUCCCUUCAUUCCUGACAUUCCAGGAAGAGAGUUUGCUAUUGAUUCAGAUGCCGCGCUUGAUUUGCCCUCCAUGCCCAAGAAGAUUGCCAUCGUUGGUGGUGGCUACAUAGCCCUGGAGUUUGCGGGAAUCUUUAAUGGUCUUAACAGUGAAGUUCAUGUGUUUAUUAGGCAAAAGAAGGUGCUAAGGGGAUUUGAUGAAGACGUUAGGGAUUUUGUUGGAGAGCAGAUGUCUUUGAGAGGCAUUGAGUUCCACACAGAGGAGUCCCCUGAAGCCAUCAUGAAAUCUGGAGAUGGCUCUUUGUCUCUGAAGACUAGCAAGGGAACUGUUGAUGGGUUUUCACAUGUUAUGUUUGCAACUGGUCGCAAGCCCAAUACAAAGGUUGAUGAAUAUUCACGGACAUCUGUUCCUUCGAUAUGGGCUGUUGGGGAUGUUACUGACCGGAUUAACUUGACUCCGGUCGCCUUGAUGGAGGGAGGUGCAUUGGCUAAAACUUUGUUCCAAAACGAACCAACAAAGCCUGAUCAUAGAGCUGUUCCCUGCGCUGUCUUCUCUCAACCACCUAUUGGAACAGUUGGUCUAACUGAAGAGCAGGCCAGAGAACAAUAUGGGGACAUAGAUGUUUUCACAUCAAAUUUUAAGCCAUUGAAGGCUACGCUUUCAGGACUUCCAGACCGGGUGUUUAUGAAACUCAUUGUCUGUGCAAACACCGAUAAAGUUCUCGGUGUUCACAUGUGUGGAGAUGAUUCACCAGAAAUAAUCCAGGGAUUUGGGGUUGCUGUAAAAGCUGGCCUAACUAAGGCUGACUUUGACGCAACAGUGGGUGUUCACCCCACAGCGGCUGAGGAGUUUGUCACAAUGAGGACUCCAACCAGGAAAAUUCGCAAAGGCUCCUCUGAGGGGAAAGGCAAGUCCUGAGGCUAAAACAGCUGCAGGGGUCUAGAGAAGGUUGCAAAAUAAGAUUGGAUUUUUACACCAUUGGAGCUUCCUGACAAGGAGAGCAUCCAUCAAGAGCCAACGUUUUUAUCAAUGGAGAUGUCAUAAGGCUCAUAACCAUGGUGCAAAACUGUUUGAUCGUGUAACUUACUCGACCUGUCGACCAGAUUCUCAGGAGAGCUUAUAUUGACCAGAGCUCUAAAACUGAGCUCUCCCAAUAUCUCACUAUCCUAGUUGAAUAAAGAUACGAUUGUAAUCAUUCCCUGGAGUAGUAUAAUUAAAUCCUCAUUUCAACAUCUACUUGAAAUUAUUAUCCAUUUAUCUUCAUUUUAUACUCGUAACUCGUUAUCUUCAUUUUAUACUCGUAAGUGUUAUGAAUUAUUUUAUGGAUGUGCAUAUAAGCCCAUGUUUUAGA